AUGAAGACGAAUAAAAGUUUAAAGGAAAAACAGGUUGUUGACAAUGAUGAAACAGAAACUGAAAAGUUAUUGGAAAUUAAAUCAACAAUUGCAGAAGAAAGUGAAUCUUUCUUUGAUCUUCGAACUAAAAGAGGUCAAUUGUUAUUCAUGUUUGUCACUGCAACUACGGCUGCUCUCAUCACUUUACUGCCACUAAAUCAGCUAAGAGAAAUAUUUUUCCAACCUAAUCAACUUGCCUGCAAUCCUACUUGCCCUGUUGACAAUCUAAGUAAAGUUGAGAUGAGAAGGAAGCCCACUUAUUGGAUUUAUGGAGCUGGGGGAGAAGGGCAAUGGGUUCAUGUCAACAAAGUUCUUAAGCGAUUAGGUUUCGAGCGUGUUGCCAUAAACGAAAGUGAAACUGCUGAUCUUUUAUGGGCUCACGACUAUCCUUUUACAAAACUUCGAUCAUUGAUGACAACUUUAAAACCACAUCAAAAAGUUAAUCAUUUUCCUGGUUGCGGUUUCAUCACGAAUAAAAUUGAUCUCUCGACCACAAAACUAAAAUACAUUCCUAUGGCUUUUAAAUUACCUAAUGAUGCAGAUAAAUUGAAAGCAUAUGAUAAAGAAAAUCCAGGGAAAAGUUUUGUUGUUAAACAUCAUCAACAUCGUCACAUUAAUAUUAAGAAAAUUGAAGAUAUUGAUUUUAAUAACAAUUUAACUUUCGUACAAGAAUUUAUUGACAAUCCACUUUUAGUGGACGGUUAUAAAUUUGAUAUCGGUGUCUACACGAUCAUUACAUCAAUUGAUCCUUUGAGAGUUUACAUUUAUUACGGUGAUAUUCUCUUCCGAUAUUGUGCACAAAAAUAUCAUCCAUUUGAUCCAUCAAACGUUGAUAAAUACAUCGUUGGUGAUGAUUACUUACCAACAUGGAAGAUUCCUUCUCUCUCACGAUAUUACAAUGGAUUAGGAUUGGGAAUGAAAGGAAGUUUCGAUUCUUAUCUUAAAAGUAAAGGAAGCGAUCCACAAAUAAUUUGGAAUCAAGUUGAAGAUGCUAUUCGGUUAGCUAUCCUGAACAAGGAACCAUUAAUUAAAGACAUUCUUCACCGCUACAAAAAUAAAAGAAAUUUCUUUGAGAUGACAAGAUUUGACUUGAUUGUAGAUGCAAAUCUCAAAGUUUAUCUUAUGGAAGCAAACAUGAGUCCCAACUUGUCAUCAGCUCACUUUAAGCAGAAUUUUAUUUUGUAUGAACAAGUCAUUUAUCAUGUGUUGAACUUGGUUGGUGUUGGACAUUACAUGCAAAGAGAAUCAUUUGAAAAGCAAGAUGAAGAAACAGAACUUAUGUUAUCAACUGACAAGAACAUUAUGGUUCAUGGAAAUAUUUGUUCACAACCACCAUGUUCAGAAUCAUGCGCUCCAAUAGACUGUGAACUCUGCAAACCAUGUUUAAGUUAUUCGGAUGUAAAUGAUUUGAUUUAUGCUUAUCGUGAGCAUAUGAAUCGAGGCGAUACAAAACGAAUCUUUCCACCUCGUAAAGAGUCUGAAUCUGAUGAAGUUGAUGAUUGGUCUUCUUUUAUUUUAUCACCGAAAAAUAAAAUGAUGAUGAAAUGGUUCCAAGAGAAAUGUAAAGAGAACGAUGAUUGAAUAGUUUUAUUUGUUACUCAAACCGUUUCGGUUGUGAUUUCUAAUACCGGCGGUAACAAACGUGAAGUAAUUUAUCGAAUGUUUGAAGUGAUUCCGCCACGUCCUGAACCAACAUGGAAGGCUUCAGCUACACUUGUCAGUGAUAACCCUGAUCAAGCAAUGAGUGGAGAAGUCAGUUUUAAGCAAUGGAGUGUUAAUGCUCCAAUUCUGGUUUCAUUCAACAUCACUGGAUUACCUGCUGGCAAACAUUCUGUUCACAUUCACGCUUUUGGUGAUGUCUCUGAUGGAUGCAAAUCAACAGGACCUCAUUUCAGACCAAGUAUCAUUGGAAAUAUUGAAGCAAAAGCUGAUGAACCAAUUGAUAUGUCGUUCGAGUCUUUAAGUCUUAAUUUGUUUGGAUUAUCAGGAAUUCUCGGUCGUUCUAUUGUAAUUCAUGAGAAAGCUUCAGAAUAUCUUAGAUAUCCCGAUCUUUACGCACCUGGAAGUCGUUUUCUAGAUAAUGCCGUUUCGUAUCAAACUGAAGAAGAUUCAGUGGGACAACGUUUAGCUUGUGGCGUCAUUUCAAUUACAAGCAACAUCUGACAGUUCUCAUCAAAUUAUGUCAUUAGAUUAAUUUAAUGCCAACAAUUUUAUUUCAAAGAUUUUUGUACAUAAACGAAGAAAGCAAAUAAAAUUAAA